UUAUUUUAAUACAGUAACAGCACGCCAUGGUAUAUGUUAGCAUGAAAUAAUGCUCGUUGUUUUGUGGAGGAUAAGUUUUCUCUACUUGGUAUUGCGUGUGACAGGCGUAACAGGCACUGACUGCACAGUAGACAAUGAUGGUAUUGGGAGAUUCGGACCGGAUUGUGAGCUCCCCUGUUGGUGUAAGGAUAGGGGAGAAUGUGAUCAGACAAGCGGCACGUGCAACGCGGGCUGCGCCCCGGGCAUGUUCGGUUCUAGCUGCUUGUACCGCGAUAUUGCACACGGCAAAACCACAAAACCGAGGCAUUCCGACAAUUUACCAAAAUCACGACAACGCUCUGCCAGUUUGGCUGUGGAUGAUGAUCUUACAACUUGCAGUUCCACAAAAUAUGCACAUAAACCCAGAACAGAACCACCAUGGUGGCGUAUUUGGUUCCCGUACAGUGUCAAUUUCUCCGUCAUCGAAAUGACCAUCAAGCAAAAUCUGCUACUGUAUUUCGCUAAUUUUACUGUUUCUGUUGCGACCAUUUCGAAACAAAAAAGCACCAAGAAAUUGUGGCCGUCUGAAGAGCACCGUUGUUACCAGGGUGAUGGUUUUGUUCUCGCUAAGGAUAGCGAAUACACCACCAUCAAGUUCUUUUGUAAACCUUCGUCAUUGGGAAACACCAUAAGAAUCACACUUGCUUCAAACCGGUCUCGAUUGGAACUUUGUGAUGUAAAUAUCAACCAAGUUUGUGGAUAUCGCCGCUGGGGUGAUGCUUGUGAGAAGGAAUGUUACUGUGGAGGUGAAGCCCCCUGUGACAUGUAUACCGGUGGUUGUCCUGGAACAUCCUGUGAUAACAGCAUGCGCGGCAAACAAUGCUCCAUCCCCUGUAACAAACAAUGCUCUAAAGGCUGUAACAAGGGCGACGGGAAGUGCAGUUCGUGUGCACCUGGGUAUCAUGGGGACUUUUGUAACGAAACUUGUGUUAACCACACAUUCGGUCCUAUCUGUUCAAACAACUGCAAUGAACAUUGUACCGGUCUAUGUGACAAUGUGACGGGGACCUGUAACGAGUGUUCUCCGGGAUAUAAAGGGCAGUUCUGCAAUGAAACUUGCCGCAGCGGAACCUUUGGCCGGAAUUGUUCCCAAAACUGUCGCGAUACGUGCUCUGGAUCUUGUGAUAAUGAGGACGGAGCUUGUUGGUCAUGUCAACCAGGAUAUCAGGGGAAGUUCUGCAACACACCCUGUGACAAUAACACGUACGGCCAGAACUGUGACAAGCAAUGUAGCGAUCAUUGUGUUGGACCUUGUAACAAUAUUGACGGAACCUGCACUACAUGUGAAGCUGGAUUUGAGGGGCGAUUAUGCAACAAAUCCUGCGCAAAGACUAAGUGGGGAAUGAACUGUAACAAAACCUGUGGUCAGUGUGCUACUGAAGAAUGCAACUCUUACAAUGGCUUCUGUGAAACGGGAUGUCAGGCUGGUUAUAAGCCAGACACUUUUCACGAACCUUGUGACAAUCGCUCAUUUGGUGUGAACUGCAGUGGCAGAUGUAAUUCAAAUUGCAAAGGCCCCUGUAACAAGACUACUGGCCUGUGUCUGGACUGUAAAAGCGGAUGGAACGGAUCUAAAUGUGACAAAGAGUGUCCAGGUGGUUACUACGGUUCACGCUGCAUACAUGGUUGUGGAUACUGUUUGAAUAGUCCCUGUGACAGAGUGUCAGGCAACUGUUCGGAAGGCUGCAAACCGGGAUAUCAACAUACUCCAAAAUGUUUUGAAAAGUGUCCCAUUGGAACAUUUGGUUUGAAAUGCUCAAGACAUUGCAGUGUGCAUUGUGAUCGUACAUGUGACCGUGUGAGAGGCCAUUGCUCAUGUCAAACGGGAUACCAAUUACCGAAGUGUAUUUAUGAAUGUGAGCUUGGAACAUGGGGGAAAAACUGCGGUCAAACGUGUGGAGGUUGCCAUGCUGAAAACUGUAGCAAGACCGAUGGCCACUGCCUUAGUGGAUGCAAAUAUGGAUAUAAAAUAUCAUCGGACUGCAUGGAAAAAUGUGACGACGGCAAAUAUGGUUACAACUGCUCUGAAACAUGUAGCAGAAACUGUGAAGAUCCAACGUCCUGUAACACAACCACCGGCUUUUGUGGCUUUUGCAAGCGGGGUUGGCAAGGCACAAUGUGUAGUGAAAGAUGUCCUGACCAAAGGUAUGGUCAGAAUUGCCAGGAAAAGUGUGGGCACUGUGAGGGAGCGACAUGUAAUAUAAUGGAUGGUCAUUGUAUUUCAUGUAUACCUGGCUACAUAAAUGAUGGACGAUGCAAAACUGGAUGCGAGGCUGGUAGUCAUGGUGUGGACUGUCAGGAGCGGUGUGGAAUGUGCGCCGGAAACAAAUCCUGUCACCCGGAGAACGGGACCUGUCCACUUGGCUGCAAGACGGGGUUCUCUGGAGAUGGAUGUACACAGAAUUUGCAAGCGCCCUCAGAGCCUCUUACAGUGGCAAUUGCUGGAGCUGUUGGAGGUGGAGUUUUGAUCAUCACCGUUAUUGCGGUAACAGUCGUUGUUCUGUUGAUGAAAAGGCGUGAAGCUGAACAAGGCCAGAAGAAAACGCCAGCAAAUAAGAUAAAUAAGUCUGCAUUCCGACAUCCUGGAACAAGUAAGGCCCAGACAAAGUCAUCUGAUGAUCCUGAAGAGUCAGGGAAUAAACAACGUAAAGUUUAUUUUCAAGAUAAGCCCCUUCCUGUAGCACCCACGGACGAUCCUGUAGUUGUACUUGAGCCCACCUACGGAAACAUGAGUGGUGAAGAGGGGCAGUCGCCACCGUACCCCGUGACCUUGUCUCAGCUUCUCAGCUAUAUAGGCACAAAGUCUGCCGACCAGACAUAUUUUAGCAAUGAAUACACGAAAAUUCCAACCGGCAUGAUGCACCCAGCGACCGCUGCCAGAGACCCGGAAAAUGCCGGCAAGAGUAGAUACAAGAACCUGUAUGCAUACGAUCACUCAAGAGUACACCUCAAGAAACAGCAAGGAGAGACGGACUAUAUCAACGCUUGUUUCAAUCAGGGUUAUUCCGGAAGGCCAGAGUUCAUUGCUUCACAAGGUCCUAUGGAAUCUAUGAUCGAAGACUUUGUUCGGAUGAUCUGGGAAAAUAGCGUCAUUACGGUCGUCUCGGUGACCAAUCUCGUCGAGAUCAAAUGCCUGCCGUAUUGGGGGGAGAUGAAUGAGGAAAAGGAGAUUGGCAUGUUUGUGGUGGAGCUUACGGCAGAGCAGGAAAAUAGUGACUUCGCUGUCAGGGAUCUAAAAGUGUUCGAGAAGACUAAUCGGGACGUAGCACGGUGUGUCCGCCAGUUCCACUACACAGCGUGGCCGGACAAAGAGGUGCCGGACAGCCCCGCCAGCCUGCUCAUGUUCUGGCACACCGUCCGCACGUACGACCCCCAACGUGUAGCACCAUGGCUUGUGUAUUGCAGCGCUGGUGUUGGACGAACCGGGACGUUUAUUGCGAUGGACAUUCUAUACAACCAGGGCAACAAGACUGGCGUCAUUGACGUAUUCCAGUGUGUGCACACUCUGAGGGAUCAGCGCGUCAAUAUGGUCCAAACACUCAGUCAGUACAAAUUCCUACACGAGGUAAUGUACGAGGCCCUUGUGCUGUCUUCUUGGCCAGUCCCGGUUGAUGAGUUUCCCAAUGAACACCAGCGCCUCAUCAAGGUCGACCCCGUCCUCAACAAGACAAACAUUCUUCUAGAAUAUGAGAAUGAAAAGGCUUACCAGACGAUGGUAUUGUCAAAAGUUCGCCUAGAUUCGUAUGGUCAAGAGAUGGACGUCUUUUCUAUCGCGAAUUUGCCGGAGAACGUCAGCAAAAACAGAUCACAGUCCGUACUUGCCCAAAAUAUGUACAGAUCUAUCCUUCGCACGCCAGUAAGCGGACGCAACGACUAUAUUAAUGCUGUUUACAUUCCGACGCUGUUUGAACGAUCCGCAUUUGUGGUGAGUCAGACACCCCUAGAGGAGACCCUAGUGGACUUUUGUCGCCUCAUACACGACCUCGACAUCCGCAUCGUGGUCUCAUUCCCGGACGAAGGGAGAGAACAGGUGGGUAGACUUCCAACCAGCGGCUCAAGCACAAUUGGACCUUUCACAGUUCGUUUUGAGAAAGAGAAAACUUUGGACAACAUUAUACACAGAAAAUAUUCUCUGACAAACAAAACUGGGGGUAAGAAAGAGUUCUGCCAGCUGUUGUACAGGAAAUGGACGAUGCGACAGGUGGUUCCAUCGGAUCGGAAGUCAUUUGUGAAACUUCUACAUGAAGUUGAGACACUUCGAAAGGCGAAUCGAAAAAGUCCAGUUCUUAUAACCUGCUUUACGGGAUUCGAGCGAAGCGGCCUGGUGGCGGUGUUGCUUGCCAUGAUUGCCAUACUGACCAGGACAGGAGCCGUUUCUGUCUCUCUCGUUAUAAGGCACUUACGGACACGCAGGCAACAACUCAUACCGAAUUUCGAGCAGUUUCAGUUUUGCCACGAUGUGGCCCUGGACCACGCCAAUGCAAGAGAUACAUGCGACAGUGUCUGACUGUGAGAUGGAGUUCAUGGAGCUAGUGCGUUAGUGACGGAAUAUGUAUUAAACCUAAUAAACACUAUUAUAGAACAAAGUUUGCCGGUCUUUCUUGACCGGCCUUUUCUAGUGUUUCUAGAAAGAACGUACUUUACGACCUUUGUUUGUAUAACUUUGUAUAUGCAUGCUUAACAGUAUUAUAAACAGUUGUUAGAUGCUUGAGUUAUUAUAAUUAUUUCGUAGAAGACUUGACAUACUGCUUGAAAUGAAACUGACUGAGGGUUUUACUCUCUCCCACAAUUCAACCUUCGGAGUAUCGAAUGUUCUCUGAUAACUUUAAUACCACUUCCCAAAUAGCGGUGUAUCAGCAUCCAAUCUCCUAAGAAGUUGUCUUCCUUAACAUGCAAAAUAAAUCUGGUACCCUGGAUAAAAAUAUGAAGGUUUUAUUUUUUAUUUUGUUAUAUUUUAGUUUAAACUCAUUUCAAUUAUUCAAGGUCAAUGAAGGUAAAUAUACGAAAAAAUAUUCAAAAUCAUAGAUAAUUUAUAAUCUGUAUCUAAGUAGAACGUGAUACCUAUCCAUGGUCACGUGAUUUGCAUUUUGGCAGUGAUAACUUUCCUCUAUUGUAAUCGAAGUAACGCUGCGUGAGGUUUGAACAGUACUCGUUGCAUGCAAUGUGUGACCUGCGUUGUAUAUUAUAUGUUGUCGUUACUUUGUUUACUUAUGUUCAACUUUGCAUUUUUAAUUAUAGCGACCUUAUAGUAAUAAAUAUUGAUUUAUUCUGCAUGUGAUUUCGAAUUAUUACUUUGUUUUGUAUGUUUAUUCCUUUCAUUUAAACUUGAAUAUGAUGUAGCGUUAUGUAUUAUGCCAUUCAACUGUUUUUGUUUAUGAUGUUGUAGCAUUAUAAUUUAUUCCCUUAUUUGUAUUUGUACAUGAUAUUGUGGCAUUUUUUGUGGGGUUUUCUCCCUUUAUUUGUAUUUGUAUAUGAUAUGUAGCAGUAUGCUUUACUCAAUUCAUUUGUAGCUGUAUAUAAUAUUUAACAAAAUGUUUUUUUACUCGUUUUUAGCUCGACUAUUCGAAGAAUAAGGAGAGCUAUCCUAGUCACCCGAGCGUCGGCGUCGGCAUCGGCGUAACCAUUAUGUUACAGUUUGCGUACCACCUCGAAUAUUUUCAAAGUCCAUUGACAAAUGGCUUUGAAACUUUGCACACUUUUUCACCAUGAAGCCCCUAACCUGUACACAGGAGGUUGUUACUAUAUCAAGCAUUUUGACAAAAUUAUGCCCCUUUUUUACUUAGAAUUUACGUUUAAGUUUGCGUACCACCUCAAAUUCUUUCAAAGUCCAUUGACAUCUGGCUUUGAAACUUUGCACACUUGUUCACUAUCAUGCCCCAAACCUGUACACAGGAGGAGGUAACUCUAUCAAGCAUUUUGACAAAAUUAUGCCCCUUUAUCUACUUAGAAUUCACGUUUAAGUUUGCGUACCACCUGAAAUAAUUUCAAAGUCCAUUGACAUCUGGCUUUGAAACUUUGGACACUUGUUGACCAUCAUGCCCUCAAACUGUAAACAGGAGAAGGUAACUCUAUCAAGCAUUUUGACAAAAUUAUGCCUCUUUUUCUACUUAAAAUUUACGUUAAAGUUUACGUACCACCUCUAAUAUUUUCAAAGUCCAUUGACAUCUGGCUUUAAAACUUUGCCCGCUUGUUCACCAUCAUGCCCCCAACCUGUACACAUGAGGAGGUAACUAUUUCAAGUAUUUUGACAAUAUUAUGCCCCUUUUUCGACUUAAAAUUUACGUUAAAGUUUGCGUAACACCUCAAAUAUUUUCCAAUAGAAUUUAUGCAAAUAUCUCAUCACAUCAAUAUAUUGCAUUGAAAUCUAAUCUAACAGUGAUCCAUGCAUGUUUCGCCAAAACUUUUCAAUCCAUAAACCGAAAAGCGGCGGAAUAGUCGAGCGCGUUGUCUCUCUGACAGCUCUUGUUUACUGCUGCUGUUUUCGUUCUUUUUUUAAAGUUACAGUUUUACUAUAUUGAUUGUAUAAGCCUGCUGUAAAUUAAAACACUACCUAUGA